AUGGCCAUCCCUCGAAAGAAGAAGAAGAAUAGCACCACCAAGAGAAAACAAACCUCUCCCCAUCAAAAUGGUCCUAAUCAAAAGAAACAAGGCUCUUCAACAAGGCCAUCUUCAUCCACUUUGAAUGAAACAACAAGGGGACCGAACAUGUAUGGAGGUGUUCAACUGCCAUCUUCAUCCGUAUGGAAUGAAACAACCUCCUCCAUCAAGCAGCAGUCCAAUCUCGUACAUUGUUAA